AUGACCGAAACCGCAUUUUCUCAAAACUGCGGUAGAACCGGUUGUAAAGGCAACAUGUGCUGCAGCAGGUGGGGAUAUUGUGGCACCACAAACGCCUACUGUGGCACGGGAUGUCAGAGUGGACCUUGCAAAUCCAAGCCUAAACCUACUCCAACUCCCAGCGGUAGUGGCGGUCUAAAUGCUGGUCCUCGCGGUACCAUAGCGAGCGUUGUCACACCAGCAUUCUUCAACGGCAUCAUGAGUAAAGUUGGACGUGGUUGCCCAGCCAAAGGGUUCUACACUCGCCAGGCAUUCAUCGCAGCCGCUCAAUCGUUUGCAGCCUACAGAGGAACCGUUGCUAAGCGAGAGAUUGCAGCCAUGUUGGCUCAGUUUUCUCACGAAUCUGGAAGUUUCUGCUACAAAGAAGAAAUAGCUAGAGGAAGAUACUGCCAAGCUAGCACUGUCUACCCUUGUCAACCGGGAAAGAACUACUACGGUCGUGGAAACUCUAUCUCAUUAUCCAAUAAACAUAUUUCCCUUUUCUACACAUUAGACAGUUUUAUAUUCUCCACACAUCAUCGAGAUGAUGAUUCUUUUUGA